UUAAGUAGGCUGGAUAAAAUGGAGAACAGCUGUGACGGUACUGAUGAGGCAAUGAUAGGUAAGUGAGUCCAGGUGAGAACCAUCAGCACAAAAUACAAACACAUACACAGAUCACGAUUGACAACCGUGACAAUUAUGGACAAAGGACAAACAACAUGAGGAUUUGAUGAUGAAACAAUUAUGACAUUUUCAGCGACACACCUCCCCUGCCUCUCUCAUCUCAUAUAAACUGCUUGUUUUACUUCUGGUCUCAAAUCGAAGAGGCAGUGGUCUUUUCUUAAACAAGUCUAUCAUUUUGUAUUUGUAUGUAUAAGUUGCCUUUAUGUAUUUUUUAUAUCAUUUUUAUUUCCCUUUCAGAAGAAACAAACAAAAGCAUUAAGGACGAACAAGAGAAAUUACAACUAUCUGUCUGCUUGACAUCUUAUAGAUUUCUUGCCUUUCACUGAAUUUCAACCAAGCAAACAGGACAAUGAACUCCACCAUACUUCAAAAUACAGCACAAGACAGAUACGCAGAGUAUUUUGUUCGAAGUUUUAUUGUCGUUGUUCUUGGGAUCAUUAUUAACUCUGUCAAUGGAUUAUUUGUGUUUACAUUUUUCAGGAGCUCAAUUUUCUACAAUGACCCGAGAUAUAUAUUAUAUAUUCAUCUGGUUAUGAAUGAUAUGCUCAUGGUUUUCCUAACUGUAAUUCUUUUUGUGAUGGCAUAUGCGUGGUCUAAUGUCCCUCUGCCAUUCUGUAUUAUACUGUUAACCAUCGCCUCCACAACUCAUAAGAAUACUCCAUUGACUUUGGCUGGUAUGGCCAUUGAGCGUUACAUUGCCAUCUGUAAACCGCUCCAUCAUCCUCAGAUCUGCACCGUACGCCGGACCUACAUCCUCAUCUCUCUAAUAUGGUGCAUUGGAUUUAUACCAGCACUGGCUGACUUUUUCCUGUUUUUAAUUGUUUUUCCUCUAUCUAUCCUUUUGAAAGCUACACUCUGUACUGUAGCGAAUGUCUAUAGCUCACCGUACCAUGAAAUGAUGAGCAAAUUCCUGCUUGGACUUUAUACAUCUGCUGUGUGGCUGAUUCUUGUGUUGACAUACUGUAAAGUUCUGGUUACGGCCAGAAGAGCCAAUACUGAUAAAUCCUCAGCUAAAAAGGCUCAAAGCACCAUCCUGUUACAUGGACUACAGCUGAUGCUCUGUAUGUUAUCUUACAUCACUCCUCUUAUAGAUAGGAUUUAUGCACCGCUUUUACCUUUUGAGCAGAAAAAAUUUGUCUUUUUCGAUUAUAUUCUAACAAAUAUGAUGCCACGACUGCUCAGUCCUCUGAUUUAUGGCAUUCGGGAUAAACAUUUUUAUAAACACAUGAAGGGACAUUUCACAUGUCGAUUACUUAUUGUAAAAGUUGAAGCAACUAAAAGAUAAACUGUAUAGACAUCAGAUAAAUACACAUAUUUUUGUUAACAUUUAAUGCUU